AUGGACUCUCUUUUUGCAAACCUGCACGGGGCAAACGGCGAUGCUUUGAGUGCCUCAGACUUGAUGAGCGCUGCCUCGGACGUGUGGAUCUCCGAUUCCGCUUCGGACUUGCAUUUUGCUUCAGACGUGUUUCUCGAAGAUGCAGAUGCCUCCAACACACUGGAAUCCGUCUUUGGCGAACCCAUCGCCUGUCCCGCCACAGCUCUGUCCCAUCAAGAACAGCAACACAACGCAGCCCAACUCCUCGUUCUCCCAGAGCAACAACAACCACAACAACCACAACAGCCACAACAGCAACAACAGCAGCAGCAACCGCCUCAACAUGCCUCGAAUGCCUCCUUGCUUACCGCCACACCUUUGCCCAUCACGGCCACAGCCCCGGGCCUUCUACCUGCAUCCACCGCCUCGACCACCACCUCCGGAAAACGCAAGUGCCACGCCACUUCGCACGGCGUGGCACCCCCUCCCAACCCCACAAAACGCCCCUACACGGCGACCCCGACACUCCCCCAACACAACCCCUCCUCCGCUCGUCCCCUGUCUCAAGCGCCAGCACAGGCGUACCUGGCCUUUCCCGGCCAAUCCCUUCAACUGUCACACCAACAGCGACAAUCCCAACACCGGCCGCAAGAACACCAACCCCAGCAAAUGGCACAACAACAACAACAACAACACAUUCAACGCCAACAACAACACCAACAACAACAAUCUCAUCAGCAACAACAACUACAACAACAAUCUCAACCGCAAUCGCAAUCAGCGCAACAACAGCUGACAGAACUGCGCCCACAAGCUGGCAGCGCUUACGCAGCCCACCCCAACACUACUCCUUCUCUGCUUCCUCCGCCCCACUCGGGCAACAACCAUGCCUCCUCAAGUGGUGCCCAACAAGACCUCGCCCCUCCCAACACCCUCUGUCCUCCAUUGAGUAGCUCCGCCUUUGCCUCAGCAAAACGACAAGGGCUGACUCCGGAAGGGGCCCUGGCUCAGUUUCUCACUUCCAUUACCGACGAGGAACGUGCCCUGAUCAUCUCAGAAGGCGUUGACGUCCCCCUCUCGGGCCUCAUCACCCAAGCGCAGAGCCGCGAACUCAAACGCAUGCGCCGCAAGGUCAAAAACAAGCUCUCCGCCAAAGACUCUCGUCGUCGACGCAAGGAGUACGUCACUCAACUCGAGGAGGAAAACGCUCAACUCCGUGCCCGCCUUGUGACCCUUCACGAUCAAUCCAUGGCUCGUCAGUCCAUGCCAGCUACCACCUCCUCCUCCUCCUCAACCACCACCACCACCACCACCACCACCACUACCACGAGCAGUGCUUCCCCGUCACGCGCCCACUCACAGCCUUCCUCAGGUCGUCGCCCGGCAUCACGCCAGCAUCAUCAAACUUAUGCCAUGGUCAUGAUCAUGCUGGCCCUCUCCUCCUCCACGACGCGCCUCGGUUCUCAGCCCCUGACAGGCGCCCCCAGUCCCAACCUUAGCCUCAAUUUGGCAGAGAAGAUGGGUCAUGGGCACAAUGCCGUUUUGGCCUCAUCCCCGCUCUCUGGCUCAGACUGUGAAAGCGUCGAUGACCUUUACGGUGACGCGGGUUCAGAGCUCGGGCUAGCUGAAAACCCUCUAUUCUCUGAUCUAGCUAGCAAUCAAGACGCCGACCUCAUCGAGCCCCUCUCCACCCUGCUCAAGCAAGGCACCGCCGGUCUCAACAUGCAUGUUGCCAACCUUCCUGUUGCUCUCCAGCAACAGCUCGCCCACGUUCUCUCGACUGCUGGUCCCCAGUUUGACUCGGGUGCCAUCGAACAGGCUAUUGUUCUUGCCCCAAAGUCCAAUGACAAUCUCUGGAUGCAGGAUACCGCUCCCAAGAUUGAGCCAGUCAGUCAAUAA